UGGCAUUCAUUACAAUCAUUAUCAUUUCAUAAAUAUCAGUCAUCCAGUAUAUAAAUGCGACUGAUGCAUUUCCCUGUUGCUUUCUCAAAUUGCAUCAACUUCAGUGGUUAAGCUUUACGUUUGAGUCAUGAAGGUGUUUGUCAUUUUGGCCCUGGUGGCAGCAGCUGUUGCUGUCCCAGUUGAAGAAAAUCCUGACAGGUUCAUGUACAAUGAAGGCAUGCUUGGAGGUGACAUUAAAGGAGGUUAUCAGCUUGUCAAAAAUGCUGAGGGAAAGACAACAGUUAUUCCUGAUUCCUGGUACAUCUACUGGCCAAACAGCGUCAUCUACUAUGAAAUUGACAGCAGUUUGAACAAUGAAAGGGGAGCAAUUCAGGAAGCCAUGGAAGAGUAUCACAGAAAUACCUGUUUGAGAUUUGAAGAAAGGAAUGGAAAUACCAACAUCAGAAACUACAUUUAUAUCCGUGGGGACUUGAGUGGAUGCUGGUCCUACAUGGGCAUGUACACCCAGGGUUACCAAGAGGUGUCUCUGCAACGCAAUGGUUGCGUCUACAAGGGCACCAUCAUGCAUGAGUUGAUGCAUGCUGCUGGGUUCUGGCAUGAGCACCAGAGAUUUGACAGGGAUGACUAUGUCAGAAUCCGCUUUGAAAAUGUCAUUUCAGGAUAUGAAUCCAACUUUGACAUUGCUGACUUGUCCCAGUCAGUGAAUGUUGGUGGAGCCUCUUAUGACUUUGACUCAGUGAUGCACUAUGAACUCACUGCAUUCUCCAGCAAUGGUCAGAGAACCAUUGAGCCAUAUGGUGGACAAGAUCCCGGCUUUGUGUGGGACCAGAACUACUUCUCAGCUGGAGACAUCAAUCAGUUGAAUGCAGUUUACUGCUAAACUUUGCUCAUUCUACUGAGACAUCAGUGCAGCAAAUGAUGACUUUUCUCAAUCCAUGACAUUCUGCAUUUGCAAUAAAUCUGUGCUCUGUCAAA